UUUCCUGGCAGCAGCAUCUCCCUACAGACGUAUCUGAGACAGUAAUUGUAACCACAGAGUGAAAAUCUACAUUCACGCUAAACUAUCACAGUUCUUUUGCAAAAAUGGCCGAUCCUGUUCCUCUUCAUCUUUUUAAAAUCAGUAGAUACAUUUUUGUUCUUUAUCUUUUACUCCAAAUGUGUGCCGCUUAUUCUGAUCAUGUAGUUGAACUAGAUCAGCUGAAGAUCACUGAAGUUGGAGACAGCGUUCAUCUGUCUUGCUUCAGUUCUAGAGAUACAAAAACUACCAUUGUGUGGAUCAAACAAAACCGUGGAGAAAAACCUGUUGUUAUUGCUACAUCAUAUCAGCAGCAACCUGGAAUAAUUCGAAAUGGCUUUGAGGAGAGCGGCCGCUUUAAAACACAAACAGCAGCUGAAAGCUUUAAUCUGACCAUCUCCAAUUUAGAGGCAUCAGACACAGCAACGUACUACUGCGCUGUAAUAUUUUUCUAUGAUAUCACUUUUGGGAAAGGCACUUUUCUAUUUGUCAAAGGUGCACCACUGACAAAGCACAAAGUUCACCAGCAGUCUGUGUCAGAGGCAGUUCAUCCAGGAGACUCUGUAACUCUGCAGUGUUCAGUGCUCACUGAGAGCUGUUCAGGAGAACACAGUGUGUACUGGUUCAGACAUGGAUCAGGAGAAUCUCAUCCAGGAAUCAUUUACACUCAUGGAAACAGGAGUGAUGAGUGUAAGAGAAGCUCUGAGACUGAUUCUCCUACACAGAGCUGUGUCUACAAACUCCCCAAGAGAAACCUCAGCCUCUCUGAUGCUGGAACUUACUACUGUGCUGUGGUUGCAUGUGGACAGGUCAUCAUUGGGAAUGGAACUGAACUGGAUGUCAAAGACAGUACAUUUUGGAGUCCAGCUGUUGUGGCUUUGGCGACUUCAAACAUGAUAUGUGUGUGUGUGACUGUAAUUCUGGGAGGACUCUUAUGCAAAUACCAGAAAAAGAGUGCUGUUGAUGAAUCUCAGUUGAAUCAGGCUCAGGUUGAAGAGAGAGAUACCAUGAGUUAUGCAUCCCUAAGCCUUUCUCAGAGACCCCCCACCAUUAGAAGAACUGGAGAGAAGAUGAAUCAAGAUCAGUCACUUUAUGCAAGUGUGAAAAUACAUGAGCAAGAAUGAGAAUCAAUUUACAGCACAUGUUAUUUAUUAUAUUGUACAUUCUUUGAUUGUUUUUUCCUCAGUUCAGCUAAGGAAUUGUUAAGAAAUGUUGCAUUUUUUUGAGUUUACUGAAGCAAACAUUCAUUUCUCAAGGCAAACUUAAAGUGCAGUUUAGUUUUGCAUGUCUUUAAA